CUGCUCGCGCCGGGGGAAGGGUGAACGCGCGCUGCUGGGCAGGUGCGCCGGGCCGCGGUCGAGCUCGGGCUGCCAGCCCCCGGCCCGCCAGUGCCAUGGACGGCCUGCGUCAGCGCUUCGAGCACCUUCUGGAACAGAGGAACCUGGCCACCGAAGCGCUAGGGGCACUCGAAGCCAAGACAGGUGUCGACAAGCGGUACUUGGCUGCGGGGGCCACCACUCUGCUAAGCCUGUAUCUUCUGUUCGGCUUCGGGGCGUCUCUACUGUGCAAUGUAAUCGGCUUUGUGUACCCAGCAUAUGCCUCAAUCAAAGCUAUCGAGAGCCCCAGCAAAGAGGACGACACUGUGUGGCUCACCUACUGGGUGGUGUACGGCCUGUUCGGACUGGCCGAGUUCUGCAGCGAUCUACUCCUGUCCUGCUUCCCUUUCUACUACGCGGGCAAGUGCGCCUUCCUGUUGUUCUGCAUGAUGCCCGGGCCCUGGAACGGGGCCCAGAUGCUGUAUCACCGCGUCAUUCGGCCACUCUUCCUAAAGCACCACGAAGCCGUGGACAGCAUCGUGAGAGACCUGGGCGGGCGAGCCCUGGACGUGGCAGUGGGAAUAACCCUGGACGCCCAAGCAAGCGUGACCCCGGUCCAGAAGCACAAGUAAACUCGCCGUCGGGCCGCCACGCAGACCUGCCGCCUGGUGAGCCCGGGGGCGCCUCCAUGGACUCCCCAGCCGAGUCGCCGGCCAGCUCCGCGCCCCCGAACA